AUGCAGGCCAUUGCUUCCACUUAUCAUCAGGUCGUCCGAUUCAUUGGCACAAAUGGAAGGCAAGAAGAUCUACGCGGUGAUCAAGUCGCCUCCAAAAAGUGUUACGUUUUAGCUGUCCACAAUUCCACCAAAGCCAAGCAAGUUCAAUGGGUCAAAAUCCCAGACAUGACAAUUAUUAACAUCGGUGAAAAUGCUGAGGACAAAGCACAAGAGGACCUCGUCCAGAUGCCCAUCAACGAGGAUGAAUCCCAUUUCUUCUUACUCAGCUCCUCCAUCAGUGGUGCCAAACAUGAAGAAAUGUUCCAAUACCUCAAGAAAAACAUGGAAGUUUUUGCUUGGAUCCCCAACGAGAUGCCAGGGGUCGACCCCAAUUUUAUUAGUCACUCUCUCAACAUCAAAAAAGACACCAAGCCUGUCAUCCAGAAGUCACGGCGUUCCGCAGCUGAACACGCCGACGCCGUCAUGGAAGAAGUCAAACGAUUGGUUCCCACUCCCCAAGAUGAUCAACUUGUGGAUGCAACAGCAAGCCAUGCUGGGUUAAGCUUCCUAGACGCCUAUCGUGGCUACCACCAAAUAGCCAUGGACCCGAAUGACAUGGAAAAAAUUGCUUUUAUCACACCAUAUGGCAUCUUUUGCUAUCGCGCCAUGCCCUUUGGGCUCAAGAACUCGGGUGCAACAUUCAACCGAUCCAUAUUCAAGAUGCUGCAGGCACAAAUUGGCCACACUGUGGAAGCUUACAUCGACGACCUUGUUGUCAAGAGCCAGAAGGAAUCCAACCACCUCCAAGAUUUGGCAAAAGUCUUUGAAAUCCUUAAACUACACAAGCUCCGCCGCCUAAACCCUGAAAAGUGCAAGAGUCGACGCAGUUUUGAAUGGACUCCGAAUUGUGACUCCGCCUUGACCGAACUUAAAGAAUACUUAAGCUCGGCCCUUCUACUGGUGAAACCAAAGGAGUACAAGACCUUGUAUCUGUACUUUGCCGUCUCCACCCACGCAGUCAGUUCAGCAUUAGUACGGCGAUUUGGCACAGACGACUUGCCCAUCUACUUCACAAGCAAAACACUCCUCCCAGCGCAAACACGAUAUCUACCACUUGAGAAAUUGGCACUCACUCUCGUCUCGGCAGCCAGGAAAUUCCUUCCUUACUUCCAAUCCCACACCAUAACUAUCUUAACAGAGCACUCUCUAAAAAGCCUCUUCGGGAAGGCUGAUCUCUCCAAUAGGGUCUUCAAAUGGGCAGUUGAAUUAGCAAACUUCGACAUCCGUUUUGAGCCACGAAUGGUGAUCAAGGGUCAAAUUCUCGCUGACUUCAUCGCAGAAUUAACACCGGAGGACAUAGAAAUUCUCAACACUACCACUCCUCAACCUGUCACCGAAUCAACUAAAGCACCAAUGCCUUGGCUACUUUUUCAAGGCGACAUCUGUUCUCUAAGCAUUGACUUCCCCGCAACCAAUAAUGAAGUUGAAUAUGAAGCCCUCCUUGCUGGCUUACACUCCGCAAUUGCGAUGAAAGUCUCCGAUCUCGUUGUUUAUUGUGACUCCCAACUCAUAGUUAACCAAAUCAAUCGCGAACACAAUGCGCACACAGACGCACUCGUUGGCCUUGCCUUAGCCUUCGAAUUCAGGACUAUCAACUUUGGCAGCAUUGACCACCCAAGCUUCGACACCACUCCGGAAGUACUCAAUGUUGAACUCGGUCCAAGCCGGAUGGACAAGAUUGUGGCAUUCCUCAAACAUGAUACUUUUCCAACAGACAAGAAGGAAGCUUAUCGCAUCAGAAACAAGGCCGCUUACUACUGGCUAUUGAAAAGUGGCCAACUCUACAAGAAAUCUAUCUCGGGCCCUUAUCUCUUCGUCGUCCACCCAACCCAAGCUCCCACGAUUCUUACCGAGCUUCACUCAGGUAGCUGUGGCUGCCACUCCGACGGUCGUUUGCUCUGCCAACGUGCAAUAAGCCAAGGUUAUUUUUGGAAGAACAUGAAGAAAGACUGCAAAGAAGUCGUUGAACCUCUUGCAACAAUCACUGAAGCCGAUGUCAGAAGAUUCAUCUGGAGAAACAUCGUCACCAGAUUCGGCGUCCCUUAUGCCAUCGUCUCAGACAACGGAAGCCAAUUGGUCGACAAAGACCUAACCAGCCUCUGCGCCAAAUUUGGGAUUCGCUUCUUCAACUCCACUCCAGCAUACCCCCAAGGGAAUGGCUAG